AUGAACUGGCAGAGACAAAUGGAAGCCCACAGACUAAAUACACAAGAGAAGGUGGGACACUUAGACACAGGUGACACUAAUCAGGGUGGGGCAGGAGGACAGGAAGUGAAGAUCUCCAACACAAGAGGCAAAGUCUCAGUGAAAAUGUUCACCAACAGGGGUCUGCGUCAGGCUAAAUUUGCCCUCAAGUUUGUUCAGAGGCAGCUGGUGGAGCUGUCCAAUGAGUGUGAGACCGCAAACCAGAAUGAACUGGUCUUCCCACUGUUCUUCGUGGAUCUCCAGGACAAACUGGAGAAAGUCCUCCAUGAGAUUCGCUCAGUCUGCUGUCCUCCACCCAAAAAACCAGAGGAGAGCGAUUUCGACAUCAUCAAAAGGUUCAGCGGUGGCAGCUUUGGGUCUGUGAAUCUUGUCCGCCACAAGCAGACACGUAAAACCUUUGCCAUGAAGGUGAUAAAAUGGCAGAAUUUAACCACGGAGGUAGACAUCGAGCAGGUGCUGGUUGACCGAGCCAUCCUCACUUAUACCGAGAACCCCUAUUUAGUCUCAAUGUUUUGCACAUUUGAGACGAAGAGAGACCUCCGUAUGGUAAUGGAAUAUGUAGCAGGUGGGGAUUGUGCCUCCUUACUCAAAGACCGGGGGCAUUUUCCUGUUCUCAUGGCCACGUCGUACAUCGCAGAGACCACCAUGGCUCUCCAGUACCUGCACAGCUAUGGAAUCAUCCACAGGGACCUCAAACCUGCAAACAUGUUGAUCACUUCCUCUGGCCACAUCAAGGUGGCAGAUUUUGGACUGUCCAAAAUCGGUCCACUCAACAUAGCGGAUGAUCUACAGAAACCAUCAGUGAGCAGGAUUGUCAAGGAGUUCACCGACAAAGAGAUGGUAGGUAGUCCUAUUUAUUUUUCCCCAGAGACCAUCCAGCAGGUGGGCUAUGGGAAACCUGUGGACUGGUGGGCAAUGGGGAUCAUCCUGUAUCAGUUCCUGGUGGGAAAACCUCCGUUCUACGGAAAGACCGUUGAGGAGAUCUUCAACCACGUGCUCGAAGAUGACAUCAUCUGGCCAGAGGGGAAGGGUGCCCCACCAGCCGCUGCCAAGGACCUGAUCACCCUUCUCCUGCAGAAGGACCCGAAGGAAAGGCUGGGUACAGGAGGAGCCAGCGCAGUGAAGAGUCACCCAUUUUUCAGGUGGGUGCACUGGGAACACCUCCUGUAUGACGAGCCCCUAUUCGUUCCCCAGUUAAAAACUAAGGAGGACACCAGAUACUUUGAUUCCCACGCAGACCAGAAGAGCCAGACAGAUGGCGAUGAUAAGGACUCACCGGUGGAACUUCCCGUCGUCCUUCAGUUUUUAGGAGGUGGAUGA